CCUGCAGUAAGUGUCCUUGGGGUGAUUCAUGCAUGCCAUUGACUAUGGGUGUUGGCCACAUACCUACGUAUAAACUAUACCUAUAAGCCAAUAGUCCCAACCCAACAGAACUACACAGAAGAAAGGGUGAAUACACAGAAACAGAUUUGAAUGGACAAGGAGCUUGUGACAAUGAGGAAUCAAAUUAUGCUUUUUGUGCUGUUUUUGUUGAUGACGAGUAAGGUGACCACUGCUGAUUUUGUGACCACUUCAACAACUGAUGUCCCUUCAACAACCCCUGGCCCACUCUAUCCAUUUGGGGCUGGAGACACAGUGAGCUCCCGAUCCGAUGAUGGAAGUUCCCCUCCUAUAACCCUGGAGCAGCCAUUUGUUUAUUUUGGAAAACCGUAUCAACAGAUAUACGUGAACCACAAUGGACAUCUGACCUUCAAUGAAGCAUUUGCCAGUUACAAACCAUACCGAUUCCCUGCAUUUUCCUCAAGAGAUCUGAUCGCUCCAUUUUGGACCGAUUUGGACAACAGGUGGAAUGGUACCAUCUCUUACCGGCAGUACAGCAGUGGUAGUGGCGCAGUUCUUCAACAGGCCACACAAGACAUUAAUCAGUACUUCCCAAACCUGGGCUUCUCUGUUAAUUGGGUCUUCGUUGCUACAUGGGAUAAGGUUGCCUACUACAACAAUUUUGGAACAGAAAUCACCUUCCAAGUGGUUCUGAUUGCUGGUGGCCAAUCCUCCUUCAUCCUGAUGAACUAUGGGGAGAUUGCACCAACAACUCAAGAUAUUCAGGCUGGCUAUAACACAGUCAACUCCAUCCACUACUUCUCGAUCCCGGGGUCAUUUCAAAGCAACGACACAACUUUCAGUAACACCAGCAAUGUCAGUGUCGCUGGUCGCUGGGCCUUCCAGACAAAUGGUACUUUCAACAAACCUGGCUCCAACAUCUGA